AUGUGCCCAUCACACAGAUUCAGGUAUGAUCAACCUUCUGCCAGUCUUGUUAAUGGCAGUUUCUUUACCAGGGAGGAGAAGCAGUAUGUGAAUCGAUUCUGGAAAGAAAUCCGAGUGGGAGAUUUUGUGCGUCUCCGCUGCAAUGAGAUCAUCCCUGCGGACAUUCUGCUGCUCUCCUCUAGUGACCCGGAUGGACUGUGCCACAUCGAGACUGCCAACCUGGAUGGAGAGACCAACCUGAAGCGAAGGCAGGUGGUCCGUGGCUUCUCAGAGCUCGUCUCUGAAUUCAAUCCUUUGACGUUCACCAGCGUAAUCGAGUGUGAGAAGCCAAACAACGACCUGAGUAGGUUUCGUGGUUGCAUCAUACACGACAACGGGAAAAAGGCCGGGCUGUAUAAAGAAAACCUGCUGCUGCGAGGAUGUACCAUCAGAAACACGGAAGCUGUUGUUGGCAUCGUCAUCUAUGCAGGACAUGAAACCAAGGCUCUGCUGAACAACAGCGGGCCCCGUUACAAGCGCAGCCAGCUUGAGAGGCAGAUGAACUGCGAUGUGCUCUGGUGUGUCCUCCUCCUCGUUUGUAUGUCUCUGUUUUCUGCGGUUGGACACGGACUGUGGGUGCGGCGGUAUCAAGAGAAGAAGUCAUUAUUUGAUGUCCCUGAGUCUGAUGGCAGUUCUUUAUCCCCAGUCACAGCUGCAGUUUACUCGUUUUUGACAAUGAUAAUAGUUCUGCAGGUUUUAAUCCCAAUUUCCUUAUAUGUUUCCAUUGAAAUUGUUAAAGUAUGCCAAGUGUACUUCAUUCAUCAGGAUGUAGAGUUGUAUGACGAAGAAACGGACUCGCAGCUGCAGUGUCGAGCUCUGAACAUCACGGAAGACUUAGGGCAGAUACAAUAUAUCUUCUCAGAUAAAACUGGCACUUUAACUGAAAAUAAGAUGGUUUUCCGAAGAUGCACUGUGUCUGGCAUAGAAUAUUCCCAUGACGCCAAUGCCCAGCGUCUGGCCAGGUACCAGGAGGCAGACUCCGAAGAGGAAGAGGCGGUUCCCAGAGGGGGAUCGUUGCCCCAGCGCAGCAGCAUCGGGAGCCACCAGAGCGUUCGCGUCAUGCACAGGACCCAGAGCACCAAGUCACACCGGCGCACAGGCAGCCGGGCUGAGGCCAAGCGGGCCAGCAUGCUGUCCAAGCACACGGCCUUCAGCAGCCCCAUGGAGAAAGACAUCACACCCGAUCCAAAGCUGUUGGAGAAGGUGAAUGAAUGUGACAGGUGCCUGGCCACCGCAAGGCCCCAGGAACGCCCACUGGCCCACCUUUCGCCAGAGCUCUCUGACGUGUUCGACUUCUUCAUCGCACUCACCAUCUGCAACACAGUAGUAGUCACAUCCCCGGAUCAGCCACGACAAAAGGUGAGGGUGAGAUUUGAGGUGAAGUCCCCCGUGAAGACCAUAGAAGACUUCCUACGGAGGUUCUCACCCAGCCGCCUGACCUCAGGCUGCAGCAGCAUCGGGAGCCUGACCGCCAACAAAGCCGCCCACAAGUCAGGGUCCAACUUUCUGUCCACCCUAUCCAAUGACAGCACACUGUUCAAGCUGGAGGAGAGGCUAGGCCAGCCAGCCGCGGCCAUCGCCAGCAAUGGCUAUAGCAGUGGGGCUGCCAGCUGGGGCCCGGAGCACACUGCCCAGGAGCAGAAGCUGCAGCGGGAGCAGGAGCGGGAGCUGCGCUAUGAGGCAGAGAGCCCUGACGAGGCGGCGCUUGUGUAUGCUGCGCGGGCCUACAACUGUGCCCUGGUGGACCGGCUGCACGACCAGGUGUCUGUGGAGCUGCCCCACCUGGGCAGGCUCACCUUCGAGCUCCUGCACACGCUGGGCUUCGACUCUAUCCGCAAGAGGAUGUCAGUGGUGAUCCGGCAUCCACUCACCGAUGAGAUCAAUGUCUACACCAAAGGAGCCGACUCAGUGGUCAUGGACCUCUUGCUGCCUUGCUCCUCAGGUAUCCAGCUCCCCUCCACUGGGUGGUACCCCCAGCUCCAGGAUCUCAUACAGAAUAUCACAUUACAUUUAACUGUCAUGUUUCCUUGGGCUCUUAUUGGCUGUAACAGUUUCUUAAAUUUUGUUUUUGAUGACUUGACAGAGGCCUGUGCGGCCCUGUUAGACCAGUGCCUACACUACGUGCAGUCCAGGAGCCCCCGCAGUGCCCCCGAGAAGACCGCAGGCAACGUGAGCGUGGGGUUCUCCCCUCUCUGCCCGCCCUCCACGUCCACCACCUCUGGCCCCAGCCCGAGCCUCGUGAUCGAUGGGAGAAGUCUGGCCUACGCCCUUGAGAAAAACCUAGAGGACAAAUUUCUCUUUCUCGCUAAGCAGUGCCGGUCAGUCCUUUGCUGUCGCUCGACACCUCUGCAGAAGAGUAUGGUGGUGAAACUGGUCAGAAGCAAGCUCAAGGCCAUGACCUUGGCCAUAGGAGAUGGAGCCAAUGAUGUCAGCAUGAUCCAGGUGGCAGAUGUGGGUGUGGGAAUCUCAGGCCAGGAGGGCAUGCAGGCAGUGAUGGCCAGUGACUUUGCAGUGCCAAGAUUCCGAUACCUUGAGAGACUCUUAAUUGUUCACGGACAUUGGUGCUAUUCCCGACUUGCCAAUAUGGUGCUGUACUUCUUCUACAAAAAUACAAUGUUCGUGGGCCUCCUGUUUUGGUUCCAGUUUUACUGUGGCUUCUCUGCAUCUGCCAUGAUUGAUCAGUGGUAUCUGAUCUUCUUUAAUCUGCUCUUCUCGUCACUUCCCCAGCUCGUGACUGGGGUGCUGGACAAGGACGUGCCAGCUGACAUGCUGUUGACUGAACCACAGCUCUACAAGAGUGGCCAGAACAUGGAGGAGUAUCGGCCAAGCACGUUCUGGUUAAACAUGGCUGAUGCUGCCUUCCAGAGCCUGGUUUGCUUUUUCAUUCCUUACCUGGCCUGCUACGACUCAGACACAGAUGUGUUUACCUGGGGAACCCCCAUCACCGCCAUUGCGCUGUUCACCAUCCUUCUGCACCUGGGUAUUGAAACCAAGACCUGGACCUGGCUCAACUGGAUAGCUUGCGGCUUCAGUAUCCUUCUGUUUUUCACUGUGGCUUUGAUUUACAAUGCUUCUUGUGCGACGUGUUAUCCUCCAUCCAACCCUUAUUGGACUAUGCAGACGUUAUUGGGUGACCCCGUGUUUUACUUGACUUGUCUCAUAGCACCUGUCGCUGCACUGUUUCCCAGAUUGUUUUUCAAAGCCGUGCAGGGGAGUCUUUUUCCCACCCAACUUCAACUGGGGCGCCAGCUGGCCAAGAGGUCCCCCAAGAAACUCAUUGCUUCCAAAGAGACCUUUGCUCAGGGACAUCUCCCAGGAGAACCCAGAACUGAGUCAUCAGAACAGAAGAGCAUCAGUACCUCUGGACACCUCUCCCAGGACUGCACCUCACAGGCAUCUUGGCACGGACAGCGACCAGCCUGCUCCCCAGAGGCUAGUGGGGAGCCCAGUGUGGUGGACAUGAAUGUGACUUUAAGGGAAAACAUUCUGCUGGAAGGACUGAGCAGUCAGGCCCCGGCGUCCUCCAUGCCAAGGGGAGCUAUCCUAGAAGGGUGUCCUGGGGACUCCAAGAUGAAAUGCACCAGCACCAGCAGGGCAGCCCCCCUGUCGUCCAUUUUCAACCUGCCCAACUUCAGCUCCCUCAACUGGAUUUCCUCCCUCUCGCUGGUCAGUGGGCUGGGAAGUGUCUUACAGUUCUCUCGAAGUAGUUUACAGAUGGACAAGCAGGACAGCGAGUUCUUGCCCAGCCCGCCCCAGCCAGACCAGGAUCUGUGUGGCUUAAGCGGGCAGGGCACUGACUACUUCUAGGAGCAUCUUCCAGGGACUGCAGUGGAUGGAAGUAGCAGUGAAAUCCUUGAAAUGGCCUCUUCUUUUUUAUAACUUAGAUGUUAAUAUUAUUUAUGUUUAUUAUUUGCACAGAAGAGUUCUAGUGAGAUGUAUUUUAUGUUUCCAAGGCUAACACGGGAAAUGAAAGGUACCAAAAAAGAAAGUUUAUUUUUUAAAAGUUCUAAGUAGAAUAUAUUGAAAAGAAAAAUAAGAGCUUUAACGUAUAUGAAAGUUUAAAAAAGAAUAACACUUGAAAAGUGUGUUUAGAUUUAUUUUUUCAUCUCAUUUUAUAAGAAAAUGCAAUAUGAUUGAUUUUCUUCAACAUGCAUGACCUUGGCUUUCCCCACCUGAAAAUGUGUGUCUGAGUUCAGUGAAUCCCAUGUGGGUGUGGACAGCAGUGAGGGGAGAUGACAGGGCAAGCAUGCAACUUCUCUGUCCUUGGCCCCUGUUCCCCCACCCUGCCUCCACCAACCUGGGAGAGCUUGGCUCUGCUUCACCCAGAAAAGGGAAAGAGAGAAUGCAUGCAUGGAGUUCAUCCCAAUGUUGAAAUCUAGGCAGGCAUUCUGUAAAGAUCACCUUGUGGGUAUUACCGUCCCUAUGUAGGGUCUUGCCUGUCAAAAUCCUAACAAGCAAUAAACAACCUUCACUUUGCAAAGAGAA